AGGAGCAUCUCUCACUUUAGGCGGGUACAGAGGAGAGCUGCACCUGUCUGCUGCUGCCAAACAGGGACAAACACAUCCAGGACAAGUGAGAAAGACUUCCACAGCGUCACACAGGCUGCAUGUGGUAAUGGGUACGCUUCGGGACCUCCAAUUUGCCCUGCAGCUAAAGAUUGAGGAGCUUCGCCAGAGGGACACACUAAUAGAUGAGUUAGAGCUGGAGUUGGACACAAAGGAUGAGCUCAUCCGGAGGCUGCAGGAAGAACUGGAUCGCCACAGAGCCACUGUCUCCCCCCCAGGAUGCUCUGCAGCCAGCGCGGCUUGCUCAGCUCAAGGUGAGGACUCUCAGAGAGCCAUGAGAAAAACAGUCAUCUCUGAGCCCUUCUCUCUGGACCCGGUGACUCUCGCCAUGGUUUCACACAGAAGCUGUGACAAGAGCCUGGAGUCUCAGAGGCUGAUCCACGCAUCCUUUUUGAAGAACGACUUGUUGAAGAACCUUGACGAAGGAGAAAUCACAGCCAUCACAGCCUGCAUGUAUCCCACCACCAUCAAUCAAGGCUGUUAUGUCAUCCAGGAAGGGGCAACUGGGGCUCAGGCUUAUGUUUUAGAAGAAGGGCAGCUGGAUCUGACAAAAGAUGGCCUGAAGCUUCUCAGUAUCGAGCCAGAAGACAUGUUUGGAGAACUGGCUCUCCUCUAUAACUGCACCCACACCUACUCUGUCUCAGCGCAGACGGACAGCAAGCUGUGGGUUAUUGACCGCAAAAGCUACCAGACCAUACUUUUGCAGAGCGGUCUCAACAGCCUUUCUCAGUCAAUGGAGCUGCUUAGCAGUGUUCCCUUCCUGCAGUCUUUGCCAGAGGACGCCAUCAUGAAAAUGUCUGAUCUCAUGGAGGAGACACACUACACUGAAGGUGACUACAUCAUCCGACAAGGGGCCACAGGAGACACCUUUUAUAUCAUUAGGAGAGGCCAGGUGAAAGUGACAGAAAGGAAGCCGGGCGACGAAGAGCAGGUCGUCCUUUCUAAGCUCUCAGAGAGACAGUGGUUUGGAGAGAAAGCUCUGUGGGGAGAGGAUGUUCGGACCGUGGAUGUGAUUGCUGCAGGUGAAGUUACAUGCUUGGUCAUUGACAGGGAGACCUUCAAAGACAUCAUCGGUGGGUUGGUGUUUGACUGCAGUCAUGAGUUGCAGCAAAGCCAUGAAUCCAAAAUCGAGUCAGACAGGGAUCCUGAUCUCUUCUCAUCUUCCACCUUAAGUGAUUUCCAGAUUAUCUGCCCUCUAGCCGUUGGGGAGUUUGGUCACGUAGACCUGGUGCAACUAAAGAGCGACAUCAAGAGUCUUUAUGCCAUGAGGGUCCUAAAGAAGAAGCUGAUUGUCAACAGCGGUCAACGAGAGCACAUCCUGAGAGAAGGGCGCAUCCUAAUGGAGGCUCAUUGUCCAUUCAUAGCCAGGUGUCUGUUCUUCAGCAGUUAUCUUGAUUACAUAAUAAUGUGUUCAUCUUCUUUAUUAACAUGUGUCUAUAUUUGUAUUGAGCGCAGGCUACAUAAAACCUUUAGGGACGCCGAGUGCCUCUACAUUUUGACGGAAGCUUGCCUUGGAGGGGAUUUAUGUGGUCUACUCAAAGAUAAAGGAUGUUUGGACGAAUGCAGCAGCAAGUUCUACACGGCUUGUGUUGUUGAGGCCUUGACCUUUCUUCACUGUCGAGGUGUCAUCUAUAGAGACGUCAAGCCUGAAAAUGUUGUUCUGGAUGAGCUUGGUUAUGCCAAACUGAUUGGUUCCAGAUGUCUAAAGAAGGUUGAGGUGGGAAAGAAAACCUGGACGUUCUGCGGUACACCGGGCUACACGGCACCUGAAAUCAUCCUAAACAAAGGCCACAGUAUAUCCGCAGACUUCUGGUCACUGGGUGUUUUUGUGUUUGAGCUUCUGAGUGGCGGGCUCCCAUUCAGCGACUCUCACCCGAUAGAUAUUCUCACUGCAACAGUUCGUGGCAUCGAUCAGACCGACUUCCCAAAAACCAUCAGCAAAAGUGCCUCCAGUCUCAUAAAGAAACUGUGCAGGAGCAAUCCCUCGGAGAGACUGGGCAGUCAGAGAAAUGGGGCCAAGGACAUUCAGAAGCACAAAUGGUUUGAAGGAUUCAACUGGGACGGACUCUGUAAAGGCACACUAAACCCUCCGGUUAUCCCCAAAGUGAAAGAUACUUUGGACAGCAGUACAUGUGGUCAUUACACUGAGGGCUCAGUGGAGCUGUGCACAAACUGGGAUGAUUUCUGAUGGAUCAGCUGUGAACUGGAAAAGAAAGAAACCUGUCAAUACUUCAUCACUUUCAGGUUUAGUCCUCCUAAAUAAUUCACUGCCUUCAGUCUAAUUACUGCCAUCAAGAAUUAAUUAUAUUUUCAGACAACAAAAUGUUAUAUAACUGCAGAUAUUGUUUGAUAAAUGAACCAUGCUGCCUACUGUGUUGAGCUCAGACUGUUUUAGAUAGAUUUAUAAAGAUAGGAGUUCAGUGAUGUCACCGCUGUUGAAUGUAUAGGCCUAAUAAACUAAUAGGCUGCAUCA